AUGGCCGGGCGGCCAAAUGCGCCUGAAGCUGCGGAUCAUAACAAUAACCUGCUUGACCUUGGGAGUUCAACACCGAUCUAUAGUUCGGGACAGAGACCUCCAGUGGAUGAUUCACAAUUGCUACAAAGAUACGACAUUGACGACUCCGAUGAAUUCCAGCCGCAGCCUAGACCUUCGACGAGUUACGAUGACUUUAUCGGCGGAGGCAGGGGAGCUCCUCAAGACCAUGGCCACACGCAACCAGUAUCCUCGUCUACGCGGCCUUUCACCGCUCCUUACAUGACCGAUACCUCACGGAACUACUCCCAAACCUCCGAUCUAAACAACUACGCACCAUAUGGGGACGGAGAGGAGGACGGUGAAGACGAUGGGGGCUACAAAUACUAUGACAAUGGAGGCCCGUCAGAUGACAGCAUACCCGGCGGAGGGUUUAAGGUGGUCGGGGGCCAUCAAGGGCAUAACAGAGCCAGCCUCAUGUCCAUGUCUGGGAUGGUGGACAGGGCUAGGGGAAUGCUUGGGAUGCGGGACAGCCAUUACUCCGACAUGGACUUACCCUUAACCGAAGCCGGUAUGCAAAAUGAACGAGUUGACACUGCUGAGACGGAAGAAGGAAAUCCAGUUCAUGAAAGGAAGGCUUUCACCUUCGACGAUGUCAAAGCCAUGUUUGCUAGGAAGAAGGUCGACCCGUCGAAGCUUGGGCCUAGAAUCAUUCACCUCAACGACCAGACGGUUAAUGCCGCGAACAGAUGGGCCGACAAUCAUAUUUCGACCGCCAAAUACAACGUCGCAACCUUCAUUCCGAAAUUCCUUCUGGAACAAUUCUCCAAGUACGCCAACCUGUUUUUCUUGUUCACCGCCGUCCUUCAACAAAUCCCCAAUGUCUCUCCGACAAGCCGUUACACAACCAUUGUUCCCUUGGGAAUCGUGCUUCUUGUCUCCGCUAUCAAGGAACUGGUGGAGGACUACAAGCGGAAAUCCUCAGACAAAGGUCUGAAUGACUCCAAGGCGCAGGUGCUCAAAGGCUCCAGUUUCGUGGAAACGAAAUGGAUCAAUGUCGCUGUUGGUGAUAUUGUUCGAGUCGAGUCAGAAGAACCUUUCCCGGCCGACAUGGUUCUUCUGGCAAGCUCCGAACCAGAAGGGCUCUGCUAUAUUGAGACAGCAAACCUGGACGGCGAGACGAACUUGAAGAUCAAGCAAGCCAUCCCCGAAACUGCGCAUCUGGUGAGCCCUGCCGAUCUUGGACGACUUGCGGGACGUGUCCGGUCGGAACAGCCUAACAGCAGCCUGUAUACCUACGAGGCCACUUUGACCAUCUCCGGCGCAGGACGCGAAAAGGAGCUACCUCUGACACCCGACCAACUUCUCCUUCGUGGCGCAACUCUCCGGAACACUCCUUGGGUUCAUGGCGUGGUUGUCUUCACUGGCCAUGAAACAAAACUGAUGCGCAAUGCGACCGCAACCCCCAUCAAGCGCACCAACGUGGAGCGGUUGCUCAACAAGCAGAUCCUUAUGCUUGUGGCCAUUCUUUUGAUUUUAAGUGCCAUCAGCACCAUCGGCGAUAUCAUUGUGCGCUCAACCGCUGGGAAAAAACUGACAUACUUGUACUAUGGGAGUUUCAACGCCGCCUCGCAGUUUUUCUUGGACAUCUUCACGUACUGGGUCCUCUAUUCCAACUUGGUCCCCAUAUCACUUUUUGUGACCAUCGAGUUGGUGAAGUAUUAUCAAGCUUUCCUGAUCAACAACGACCUGGAUAUCUAUUAUCCCGAUACGGACACUCCUACCGUCUGUCGUACUUCCUCGCUUGUGGAAGAAUUGGGCCAGAUUGAGUACAUUUUCUCAGACAAAACCGGCACUUUGACCUGCAAUGUGAUGGAGUUCAGGCAAUGCACUAUAGGUGGCAUUCAAUAUGCAGGUAUCGUGCCGGAAGACAGAAGAGCCACCGGGCCUGACGACACCAUUGGGAUUCAUGAUUUCAAGCGUUUGCAAGAGAAUCUCAGAACGCAUCCCAGCAGGUCUGCCAUCCACCAUUUCCUCUCACUUUUAGCGACUUGCCACACGGUAAUUCCAGAGCGCAAGGACGAGAAGUCUGAGAUCAAAUAUCAGGCCGCUUCUCCUGACGAGGGAGCUCUCGUCGAAGGCGCCGCCAUGCUGGGCUAUCGCUUUGUAGCCCGUAAGCCUCGCUCUGUGAUCAUCCAGGUCGACGGAGAACAAUUUGAGUACGAGCUACUGGCGGUAUGUGAAUUCAACUCGACCCGGAAGCGUAUGUCAACCAUCUUCCGGUGUCCGGACGGCAAGAUCAGGGUCUACUGCAAAGGCGCCGAUACUGUGAUUCUAGAGCGCCUGGCCAAAGAGAAUCCCAUUGUGGACGUGACAUUGCAGCAUCUCGAGGACUACGCCACGGACGGUCUACGCACACUCUGUCUUGCCAUGAGAGAGGUGCCAGAGGAAGAAUAUCAGGAAUGGAAGCAGAUAUUCGACAGGGCGGCCACUACUGUGGGAGGUAAUCGUGCGGAAGAGCUUGACAAGGCUGCGGAAAUCAUCGAGCAUGAUCUGUUCCUGUUGGGCGCGACCGCCAUUGAAGACCGAUUACAAGAUGGAGUGCCCGAAACCAUCCACACGUUGCAAACUGCAGGGAUCAAAGUGUGGGUUCUCACGGGCGACAGACAGGAGACGGCCAUCAACAUCGGGAUGAGCUGCAAACUGAUCAGCGAAGAAAUGACUUUACUGAUCAUCAACGAGGAGACCUCCACAGCCACCCGGGACAGUCUGCAGAAAAAGUACGACGCUGUGCGCAGUCAAGCCGCGUCGGGCGAAUAUGACACACUCGCCCUAGUGAUUGAUGGAAAGUCUUUGUUGUUUGCCUUGGAAAAGGACAUGGAGAAGUUGUUCCUCGACCUGGCCGUCAUGUGCCGAGCCGUCAUAUGCUGCAGAGUCUCGCCGCUGCAAAAAGCUCUGGUGGUCAAACUCGUCAAGCGCCACUUGAAGGCGCUUCUGCUGGCCGUCGGAGAUGGUGCGAACGACGUCUCUAUGAUCCAAGCCGCUCACGUUGGCGUCGGGAUCAGCGGUGUCGAGGGUCUACAAGCAGCACGCAGCGCCGACGUGGCGAUCGGCCAGUUCCGGUAUCUGCGCAAGCUACUUCUGGUACACGGCGCGUGGAGUUAUCAGCGCGUCAGCAAGGUCAUCCUAUACUCGUUCUACAAGAACAUCGCCCUGUUCAUGACCCAAUUCUGGUACUCGUUCCAAAACAACUUUUCCGGCCAAGUCAUCUACGAGUCAUGGACACUGUCCUUCUACAACGUCUUAUUCACGGUCCUGCCGCCCUUCGCCAUGGGCAUAUUCGACCAAUUCAUCUCUGCCCGCCUCUUGGACCGAUACCCACAACUCUACCAAUUGACGCAGAAAGGCAUGUUCUUCCGCAUGCACUCGUUCUGGUCGUGGGUGGCCAACGGCUUCUACCACUCGAUCCUGGCGUACGUGUUCUCGUCCUACUUCUUCUACGACGACCUGGUGCUGUCGAACGGCAAGAUUGGCGGCCACUGGCUCUGGGGAACGUCGACGUACACUGCGAUUCUGCUCGUCGUGCUGGGCAAAGCCGCGCUCAUCACCAACGUGUGGACCAAGUGGACGGUCCUCGCGAUCCCGGGCUCCUUCGUGAUCUGGCUCGCCUUCAUUCCCGCGUACGCAUACGCCGCGCCCAACAUCGGCUCGGGCUUCUCGACCGAGCUCGACGGCAUCAUCCCCGUCAUGUUCAGCUCGCCGAUCUUCUACGCCAUGUGUCUCCUGCUGCCGCCCGCCUGUCUGCUGCGCGACUUUGCCUGGAAAUAUGCAAAGCGCAUGUACUACCCGCAGCCGUACCACCAUGUCCAGGAGAUCCAGAAAUAUAAUGUCCAAGACUACCGGCCGCGCAUGGAACAGUUCCAGAAGGCCGUCCGCAAAGUCCGCCAGGUCCAGCGCAUGCGCAAACAGCGCGGUUAUGCCUUCUCCGCCGCCGACGAGGCUGGGCAGCAGACCAGAAUCCUCAGCGCGUACGAUACGACGAGGGAGAGAGGCCGCUAUGGUGAAAUGCUGACCGCGAGGGCGUCGCCUUGA